AUGAAUCAUUACACAUUGACAGAACGAGGCCUGGCGCCUUUCGAUCUCUACCCGUACAAUCCGUCAAAAGUGGCCGGUUUGGUAUUUGUCGUGAUCUUUGGCGUUGGAGCAGCUACUCAUUUCGUUCUGAUGUUUCCUCUUCGAGCGUGGUUCUUCAUUCCAUUCAUACUCGGCUGCAUUGGCGAAGCUUUUGGCUACUACGGCCGAUCAUGGUCUCACAACAAUAUACGUGACGGCGGCCCUUAUCUUCUUCAACUUAUGCUUAUCCUCGGAUCUGCACCUCUUCUUGCAGCUACAGUCUACAUGACCUUAGGCCGAUUUGCACGCGCACUUCAUGCAGAGCAGUACACAAUUAUGAGCGUGCGCUGGGUCACAAAGAUCUACGUCCUGAUCGAUAUUGCAAGCUUCCUUUGUCAGAUGGCUGGCUCUGCCAUGCAAUCCAGCAGUGACCCCAGUGGAAUCAAGCUCGGUCAGCACAUAGUCAUCGGCGGACUGAUUAUCCAACUCAUCGCGCUGGGAUGGUUCACUUUCGAGACCACGAUUCUUCAUAUCCGCCUCAACAACGGCCCGACAGUGAUCACGUUGAAAGAUCCCUCGAUUUCGUGGCGACCAACGCUUUGGACUUUGCGAUGUGUCAGUGUUCUUAUCUUCAUUCGAAGUCUCUAUCGCUUGAUUGAAUUUACAAGUGGCAGCAACAGUGCUCUUGCAAAAACUGAGAUCUAUUUGUAUAUCUUUGAUGCGGCGCUGUUGUCAGUAUCUGCUUUCCUUUUUGUUGUGAUUCAUCCUGCGCGCCUUUUCCGAAAACUUCAUAGGCUGGCUUUGCAUUUAUCGGACGGGGAGGAAGAUAUUAUGGUGUUGGCCGAACGUCCAUGA